AUGACAGGAACCAGUGCCUUAAUUUGUCAUAUGAAAAAUACAAAAUGUAAAAAAUAUAUAAAAGUUAAUAAAUUACAACAAACAUUACAAUUAUCUACAUCAAGCCUUUUACAGUUUAAAGUGAUAAAUGAGAAAACAACAUGUGAAAAUUGUAAAGAUAUUGUAAAAGAUUUUAAGUUAAAAGUCCAUAUGAUAAUACAAGAGGCUUCUGGACAUCUAAGCUAUAUAACUAAUUUGUAG